ACCACCGCUCGUUGGGGUCACCACACUCGCUCCCUCUCGCUCCCCACCUCCUCUCUUCAUGCUCGCACGUCAUGCGAGGGUCCAUCUCUCAAAUGCCCUGCCCCGCCUCCCCGGGCGCUGCCGCUCCCUCGCAAAACACGCCGUCCGCCAGGGGCCAAGAUCCUUGGCCACGAUAGCCUCCACCUCCUCUGACGACUCGGCCCUUGUACCCUUCUUCGACCACCCUCCCUCCUCGUCCCCACGUCCACGUCCCUCUCUCACGGGCCUCUUUGGCGCUCACCCCCUCCAUUCCCCACACUCAUUUCAGGACCUCGCCCUCGCUACUCUCGUCCGCGCACACCUCCUCACGGAGCGCAUCGUGCGCGCUAGGCAUAAUCGCGAUGAGCUCUUCAAAGUCGUCAAGAACCUCGACCGUCUCAGCGACAUGCUCUGCUCUGUCAUCGACCUCGCAGAGCUCAUUCGUAAUGCCCAUCCGGAUCAGGAGUGGGUCGACAGUGCAGAACAAGUCUACGAGCAAUUAUGUGAGUUCAUGAAUGUCCUGAAUACACACGUCGGCCUCUACGAGGUCCUUCGAGACGUAAUGUCCGACCCGAGCAUAACGGACACCCUCAGCCGCGAGGCGUUCCAGACCGCCUUGAUCUUCUGGCGAGACUUUGAAAAGUCUGGCGUCAACCUCCCACCGGAACAGCGCGACCGCUUCGUCUCCCUCUCUUCUGAGAUCCUAGUGCUCGGUAGACAGUUUCUGAACGAGGCCUCGGCCGCGCGCCCACCCGCCACCAUCAAGCACUCCGAGCUACAGGGGCUGAAGGAUCAUGGCCUGGGCUCUCGGCUGCAGUGGCAGUCUCGCUUCACCCGAGAUCUGCUCGUCUACCCCGGCUCACUGCAGGCCCAGAUGAUCAUGCGCUCUGCCCCAGCUGAAGAACCCCGCCGGAAGGUCUACAUGGCGUCCAACUCGAGCUCUCCAAAGCAGGUCGAACUGCUGGAGGCUCUUCUGCAGGCUCGCGGCCGGUUAGCGCAGCUGGUGGGUUCGCCUAGUUUUGCCCACAUGGCGCUAGGAGACAAGAUGGCCAAAUCUCCAGAAAAUGUGAAUCAAUUUUUGGAUACCCUAUUGGACCACACGCGACCGCAUGCACGACGAGCAUUGCGGACUCUCAGCAUGCGUAAACAGGCACAUCUUGAUACUGGACCUUUUCCUAUUAUUCAGGCCUGGGAUAGAGAUUACUACUGCCCACCAGAACCUCCCGCGCCGCCCAUCCCACUUCCUCCUCUCACCAUCGGCACGUGUUUUAGGGCCCUAUCUCGAUUGUUCCAGAAUCUGUACGGUGUCACCCUUCGUCCAUCUGACGCGUCGUCACAAGAGGUAUGGCAUGCUGACGUGCGAAAACUCGAGGUCGUGGACGAGAAGGACGGGUUGCUGGGCUGGAUCUAUACGGACUUGUUCGCGCGGAGGGGGAAGUCCAGCGGCGCGGCGCACUACACGGUCCGAUGCUCGCGACGAACGGACGACGAUGACGAAGCGGGCGAUCUGGAGCCAUCAGAGGAACACAGGGAGCUCGUCCAACUAUCACGCGCAUUCGAGGCGAGCAAUCGGCACCGAAUGCCAGACGGCAUCUUCCAGCUUCCGAUCGUCGUCCUGCUGACUGAAUUCUCGCGGCCACCCCUUUCGCGAGGGCCAGCGGUCCUGGAAUGGCACGAAGUGUUGACCCUUUUCCACGAGAUGGGUCACGCCAUGCACUCCAUGAUCGGGAAGACGGAGUACCAGAACGUCUCGGGGACGCGUUGCGCGACGGACUUUGUGGAGCUGCCCUCGAUCCUCAUGGAGCACUUCCUCACCUCCCCCACGGUCCUCUCGCUCUUCAGCUCGGCGGACGACGCGGCCGCGCGCCAGGUGGGGAACCACCACGAGGACCCGUGCCACAACAUCGACACGCACGGGCAGAUCCUGCUCGCCGUGCUCGACCAGGCGUACCACUCGCCCGCGGCGACGGAGCCCGGGUUCGACUCGACGGCGACGCUCGCGCGGCUGCACGCCGCGCGCGGGCUCAUCCCGUUCGUGGAGGGCACGUCGUGGCAGACGCAGUUCGGGCACCUCUUCGGGUACGGCGCGACGUACUACUCGUACCUCUUCGACCGCGCGAUCGCGUCGCGCGUCUGGCGGAAGCUGUUCGCGCGGGACCCGCUGAACAGGGAGAUGGGCGAGCGGUACAAGCGCGAGAUUCUGCGGCGCGGGGGCGGGGAGGACCCGUGGGCGAUGAUUGGGUCGCUGUUGGGGGCGCCGGAGUUGGAGAGUGGGGACGCGGAGGCGAUGCGGGAGGUUGGGCGGUGGCGCAUAGAAGACGAGGUCGCGAUACCGGGGAGGCAUUAA